AUGGACAUCGACUUCACCCGCCGCAACAAGAAGCCUCGCCUUCUCACCGACAGCGAGCGAGACAAGCUGGACGAGUUUGUCGAUUCGAUUCACUACUCUUCGCGCUACAACGACGACCACUUUGAAUACCGCCACGUCCAGCUGCCCAAGCAAAUGCUCAAAGCGAUACCCAAAGAGUACUUUGACGGAAGCAGGGGCACACUCAAAUUACUGUGGGAGGACGAGUGGAGAGGCCUGGGCAUUACACAGAGCUUGGGAUGGGAGCACUACGAGGUCCAUGAGCCGGAGCCACACAUCCUUCUGUUCAAGAGACCUAUGAACUACCAACCCCCGACUCACUGA